GCCGCUUCCCCGCACUCCUCACUUGAGCGCCGCCGCGCACGGCGCACACAGCCUCCGCUCCGCUCCGCCGCUCGCCUCCAGGAACAACUCUUUUGUUUGUCGCCUCCUUUCUGUGGGAAAUACAGAAUCCGUUGGUGCGUGUUUAGAGAUCACUCCAAGUUAAAGCGGCUGCGUUCAAGUUGAUGUAAAUCCGAGCGUGGUUUGGUUCUGGGAUAACCGUGCGGGAUCUGCGGCGGAUACACUGACACUCCAGCCCGCGGACAGAGUCUCAGCAAUCAGUGGAUGGUUUUUUUUAAUGUUCACCUGCUAAAUCUGUGUUUGCUGGACCCAACUGGAAGCUCCUGGAUUCUCUUUCUUCUCUAUUAACAAACAGAGGGACAAUGUUGAGGGACAAGCUGUGCUGGCUCCUGGCCCUGCUGGCCUUAUCGUCUGGGGGGCUGCCCCCGUCUAACGAGCCCCUGUCUGCUCCCAGGAUCUUCUUGUCCUUUAAGGAGCUAAAGUCUACUGGCACCGCUCACCACUUCUCCUUUUUGCUGAAUUCGACCGACUAUCGGAUCCUCCGCAUGGACGAGGACCACGACCGCAUGUAUGUGGGCAGCAAAGAUUACAUCCUCUCCCUGGAUCUCCACGACAUCAACAAGGAGCCACUCAUAAUCCACUGGCCUGUUGCCCCCCAGAGGAAGACUGAAUGUGUUCUGUCAGGAAAAGACACCAAUGGGGAAUGUGGAAACUUCAUCCGUCUGAUUGAGCCCUGGAACCGGACCCACCUGUAUGUGUGUGGAACGGGCGCGUACAACCCCAUCUGCACCUACGUGGACCGAGGACGCAGGUCGCAGGGGUCCCACUUCCUACAGGCACCCCAGUCAGGAGGAAGAACGAGUCGAGCUGCAGACUACAGCGCCACAUCAGAGCCUUUGGAGGCGAAGGAAUACAUUUUCCGUCUUGAACCUGGUAAAGUGGAUUCUGGGAAAGGAAAAUGUCCGUAUGACCCCAAACUCAACAGCGUCUCAGCUCUGAUUAAUGGAGAGCUGUAUGCGGGAGUCUACAUUGAUUUCAUGGGAACAGACUCUGCUAUCUUCCGUACGCUGGGGAAGCAGACCGCCAUGAGGACCGAUCAGUACAACUCCAGAUGGUUAAAUGAUCCCACAUUCGUCCACGCACACCUCAUCCCAGACAGCGCCGAGAAGAACGAUGACAAACUCUACUUCUUCUUCCGCGAGAAAGCCUCUGAGAUGGGCCAGAGUCCCAUGACCCAGUCCAGGAUCGGCCGGAUCUGCCUGAACGAUGACGGCGGACACUGCUGUCUGGUCAACAAGUGGAGCACGUUUCUGAAAGCUCGGCUCAUCUGCUCCGUGCCUGGAGCAGACGGCAUCGAGACGCACUUUGAUGAACUGAGGGAUGUUUACAUCCAGCCGACUCAAGACACCAAGAAUCCUGUCAUCUACGGAGUCUUCUCCGUCUCGGGAUCCGUCUUUAAAGGCUCGGCCGUGUGCGUCUACUCCAUGGCCGACAUCCGGAUGGUGUUCAACGGCCCGUUCGCCCACAAGGAAGGGCCCAACUACCAGUGGGUCGCAUACACUGGGAAGAUCCCCUACCCUCGACCUGGCACUUGUCCCGGAGGCACGUUCACCCCAAACAUGAAAUCCACCAAAGAUUACCCCGAUGAGGUGAUCAACUUCAUGAGAAACCACCCCACCAUGUACAACGCCGUCUACCCGGUGCACAAGCGCCCCCUGGUGGUCAGAACCAACGUGGACUAUGAAUUCACCACCAUCGCUGUGGACCAAGUGACGGCUGCUGACGGGAGCUACGAGGUGCUUUUCUUGGGAACAGAUCGGGGAACAGUCCAGAAAGUGAUUGUCCUGCCAAGGGAUGACUUGCAGACGGAGGAGCUGGUGUUGGAGGAGGUGGAGGUUUUCAAGGUCCCCACUCCGAUCACAACAAUGAAGAUUUCAUCAAAACGGCAACAGCUGUAUGUGGGAUCCGUCCUGGGUGUGACCCACUUGGCCCUGCACCGCUGCGAUGUGUACGGCGAGGUGUGCGCUGACUGCUGCCUGGCCCGGGACCCGUACUGCGCCUGGGAUGGCAAGUCCUGCUCCAGAUACUCCGCCUCCCAGAAGAGAUCCGACCCUUUUAGACGGAGUCGUCGGCAGGAUGUGAAGUAUGGAAACCCGAUCCGCCAGUGCAGAGGUUAUAACUCCAACACCAACAAGAACACUCUGGAGACCGUCCAGUACGGCGUGGAGGGAAGCACCACGUUCUUGGAGUGUCAAGCCAGGUCUCCUCACGUCUCUCUGAAGUGGCACCUGCAGAAGGAAAACAGCGACCGGAGGAAAGAGAUUCGAUCAGAGGGACGCAUCCUGAAAACGGAUCAGGGUCUUCUGAUCCGCUCUCUUCAGUCUUCGGACGGCGGCAUCUACCAGUGCACGUCGACAGAGAAGAACUUCAAGCACACUCUAGUAAAACUGCAGCUUGUGGUUCUCUCCAGUCGCACAGUCAACAACGUGCUGGUGGAGACCGGCAGCCCGGCGCUCCCGCCGCUCCAGUCCAGCGCCUGGACUCCCAGCGCCGGUCAGUACAAGGACCUGCUGACCAUCCUCAGCCAGCCGGAGAUGGGGCUGAUCAACCAGUACUGCCAGGAUUACUGGCAGCUCGGAGACGGCGGCGGCGGCGUGGGAGACGCCAAGGCCAAGAGCCUGAAGGAGCUGAAGGAGCAGAAGAAGCCGCGCAACCGCCGGCAUCACGACGAGCAGACGACUCCCGCCGAGACAUGAGGAGCCGGGCGUGCGCGUCCCGUCCCGUCGGAUUCGGAUUCGGAUUCCCUCCUGUCUACCUUUUCACUCGACCUCUGAAACACUGCAACCCUCAUUUUCGGGGAGUGACUCUUCUCAGAUUAUAUAAAUAGAAAAUUAUCACAAAGAACAAUACAGACGGUGCGAACAGCGUCAAACAGUUUCUACUGUUGGGGGGAAAAAUACACAAUAUUUAUUGUAGGUUGUAAAAAGUAAUUUCUUUGUACCUAUCUAGAAAACAUGUUUUUUUGUGAAUAGAUAAAAACUGUGCAAAUAUUGUUGUUAUUAUAUUAAUAUUGUUAGUGUUAUUGUUUAUUACAAUGUGUUAUUACGUUGAGAAUAUCUUUAUGUUUGUUGUUAAUGAGACACAGCAACAAAAACCAAUGACAUUGGGAGCAUCCGUGCAUGGAGAGAGACGCUCGGACGCGUAUCGAUGAACUGUUGGAGGCGACCAUGUGGGAUCCAUUGACUGCUGGCAGUAUUCAGUGUUUCAGCUGAAAAAUCAGGUCAAAAGCUCCCCGACUUUCUCAAGCUUCCCUGAACUUCUUCAUCAGAACUAUCUACUGUAUGUCUGUUUUUCUGUUCUCCUUUUUAUUUUCCUUUUUUUUUUUUUUUUUUUUUUUUUUAAACCACAAACUUCAAGUUGUUGACGGAAACAUGACUAAAAGGGCAUUUCACCGGAGCGGACGGGAGAAAUGCCCUCAGACUGGAGCUGUGAGGCCAGUGAGGCGUCUCCUCUUUCACCACGUGGUCCAGCCAGGCCUCGAGUUCAGAUGCGACUUCGCUCACCCAACUUCUUCCGAACGUCAGUUGCUGCCAAGUGUUUUGUUCUGUUUAUAUGUGAAUAUCACAUCUCAGUGUCGUAUUCUUAACCAACGUGAUCUUUGUGAUAAGCUGUGUUUUGGGAAGAAAAGGAGUCUUGGAAUGACUCCAAAACUGAAAACAUGACAUUGCCUUCUCUUUUCUCUUUUCUGAGAUAAGAUAUUCCAGCAGGCAGCUAUAUGUGAGUUUGUGACCGUUUGUGAUUUGAAAAAUAUUAGACAGCACCUUUUGUUGCCAAAUCGGUGAUUUUGACGCAUAGUACAUAUUUCACCUGCGUUUGUGGUACACAUGUUCAAGUACAAUCCACAUCAAGGCGAUGCAUGAAGUUUAUAUGCUAAAAUUAGUUUCUCAAUUAGUCCAAAGUUUGCAUUCCUAACACAAGUUUCACAAAAAUGAAAACGACUGGUGUGGUCAGUCGUGUCAAAUGUCCUCAUUUGCAGUGUUUGGGACUAUUAGGCCUGUUUGAACCAACCGUUGGUGCUAGUGCAGCAUCACCCUGCGUCACGCGUGCCAUAGCUUUCACACUCAACUAUGGCAGCGAGCGAUCUCUGCACAGUUUUAAAGAAAGGAGUCACGUGUACAGCAACAAGCUGAUCCCCAUGAAAACCUGAAGAGAAAACAUUACCAAAAUCUUCAGAGGGGUGGAUUUUUAUUGUGCAUGGCAUGUACAGUGUAUGUUUAUGGUAUUUGUCUAAAAUGGUACGUUUCUGUGGAUGUCAGUGAAUGUCUUUCUUGUUGUGGGAAAUGGAAAUAACUGCCAAUGCGAGAUAGAUGGUGUUCACACCUUUUAAUGGUGGGAAAUGCUGAAAGGUUAGAUUGUGAACUCUCUCUCUCUCUCUCUCUCUCGCUCUCUCUCUCUCUCUCUCUCUCAUGCGCUCUCUCUUUCUCUCGGUCUCUCCCUCUCUCUCUCUCUCACUUAAAAAAAAAAAAUCACAAAACUAAUUUGCAUAUAUUUUACACGUGCAUCUAUUUCCUUUUCUCUGUUUGGCAGACUACUCCGGGUCAUUGAGGUCAAGUAAUGUAUGAUAUGCACAGUUGGUGGUAUUGUAAUGACUUGUAAAAAAAUUACUAUCUUUUCUUCCUCAUCAAUGUUGCUAACUAAUAAAUUAAAGCUCUAUAUUUUAUAAUAA